AUGAAAGUGUCACAAAAAUUCUAUCGCUGGUUCGAAAAACAUUACAAAAACAUUCCAUAUUACCUUUACACUUUAUUCGCUUUUAAAAUCCUUUUGAAGUUGGAAAAUAUCGGAUAUAAACAUCUAUCGGUCAGCGAUCUCGAAAAUAGUCUAGAACACGUAGGAAAGCUUCGCCGUAAGCUAGAAUCGAAUAGACUUCUGGAAUUGCCAAAAUAUUUUAAACAUCGAGAACUAAUAAUCUCCAAGAAUAGAUGCUUUAAGAAUUUACAAGCAAGUUCAUUGCUAAGUUUUAUGCUCGCUCAAUUGAUGGAUGAGGUUGAUAGAGCCGGAAAGCAUUUGGCGUAUGGAACGAAUGAGACUGUAUGUGACAAUGGUACAUCGAAUAUCUACGAAGAUGGAUUAGACGGAGGGCAUUGCCGUAUACCUGGAAUUGAUGAUUUUGCAUUUUAUCCCGAGAAUAUAUUCCAAUGGUUAAAGAGAUUCAAAAAGAGUAGAAAAUCCCCUUUUCGCGCAAUUAUUGAAGAACAAGUAUCGAUAUUAUAUGGUGUUGGAGAUACAAUUGAACACAUAGUUAUGUUACAAACUCAUUUACGAAAUGGUGUUGAUCCAUUCUUGGAGUUUGGAAAAAAGAAACCUACACAAGAUGAUGCUGACAUUUGGUUAAUUAUGGUAUAUACGACCAGUAAACUUUUAGAAAAACUCGGAAAGGAUAUGACGAUAAUUGAAGAACCAAGUAUUUGCUUUAUUUACAAACAAUUAGUUAACGAUUUAAAUCCAUUUUUAAAAUCAAUUCAAGAGAUUGCCAUUGACAAACGGUGGAAGGAAUCAGAAUUAAUUGAAGAUUAUCAGGAAUCAGAAUUAAUUGAAGAUUGUCUACAAUAUCCAAAUGAUAAGUUAGUUGAACAUAAAAAUUUACAAUAUACACACGAUGAACUAUUUGAAGAAAAUAAUCCAGAACAUUCACAUGAUGGAGAGAAGACAUAUCCAAAUAU